AUGUCGGUGGGCGAAUGUUUCGCACAUCCGAAAGCACGCUGCGUGCCUGUGGAGAUUUCUGUGCCCGACUGCUCUUUGGCAUCGGAGGUGAUUUCUGUGGGAUACAAAAUUUCUUGCCAUGUAACUGUCCAAGACUGGCGAACACUCGCCUUGAUCUGGUAUCGCUUGGCUGUAGUACGGUUGUAUCCUUUCAACCUCAACCUUUACGGGCCUUUGGUGAACCUGCGACCGUCACAUGUCUUCAAUGGCAGCAAGCACGACGUGCAUGGAAGACUGCGGCUCACCAUUUUGUCGAGGUUAGACGGCGACAUCCCAGUUGAUCGUGAUGAGGCAAGUGUCAGCCUCGCGGCACGGCAGCCGACCCUGCAAGCCUUCGAGGACGGAGUCCUCUUCUUGGACAGGGACCCUGACCUCUUCGACUGGGUAUUGCGUUUUGCACGCACAGGUGAGAUCCAGAAGGACAUGCCGGGUGCGCUGAAGGCCGAAUUCGAUUUUCUGCUCUUGUCAUGGCCGCCAUGUUGCCAGCGAUGCGGAGUGUACUUCGACACUGCCCGCAACUCUGACACAUCGUGUCGACACCAUCGAUUUCCUUGGCUAGAGGACGUUGAAAUCUCACGCGAAGAUCGCACUUGUUGCCCUUGGCCUGAAAGAUCUGAAAAGGGGUGCUGCAAAAACUGCGGCACCGAGAUCUGUGGACGCCAGGUCUUCAAGUCUUAUGUGAGGCGCUACAUCUGCUGCAAGGGCAGGAUUGACGAGCCUGGUUGCCGUCGAUGCCGACAUGAGCUGCCUCCUGAUGCGGAUCCUAGCCUGGAAGAGCCCGCUGGAGAAAACGACAACUCUCAUCGUUCCGUUCCGGCGGAAGAGGGCGUGCUGGGAGGCCUUGCCUUCGUCCUCGUGGCGUUGCUCGGGCCCGUCGCGCCUUCGUCCGUGAGGGCUGAAGAAGUAGAAGCCGUGGAGGUGCAGGACCCGGCCCAGAAGAAAAAGGAGGAACAGGAAAGAAGAAAAGCUGAGGCCAAGGCCAAGCGUGAGGAGGAGGAACAACGAAGAAAGGAAGUGGCCGAAAAGAGGCAGGCUGAGGCCCAGAAGGCUCGGGAGGAGGCGGAGGCCAAGCGAAAAGCGCAGGCCGAGGAAGCUGCCAAAAAGAAGGAGGAAGCCGAGAAGGCCCGCGCAGAAGAAGCGGCCAAGCGCAAGGCAGAGGAGGAACAGAAGAAACAGGAGCAGGAAGCCAAACGACAGGAGGAGGCAAAGAAGAGGGAAGAGGCUGAAAAGGCCCGAGCGGAAGAAGCUGCCAAGCGCAAGGCAGAAGAGGCAGAGAAGAAGAAGGAGGCGGAGGCCAGAGGGCAG